AUUGCAAGUAUGGCCGGGGACAGUGAAACACAUCUCAGGGACCGUGACGAGAACACCAACGUUAUUCGACAACCUUUUCUCAUAGGUGUCUCCGGAGGCACUGCCAGCGGAAAGUCGUCCGUAUGUGAGAAAAUCAUGGAGCUGCUGGGCCAGAACAAGAUCGACCACCACCAGCGGCAGGUGGCGAUCCUCAGCCAGGACAGCUUCUACAAGGUGCUAACUCCCGAGCAGAAGGCAAAGGCUCUGAAGGGCCAGUUCAACUUUGAUCAUCCAGAUGCCUUCGACAAUGAGCUGAUCAUGCAAACGCUCAGACAGAUUCUGCAGGGGAAGACGGUCCAGAUCCCAGUUUAUGACUUUGUCACCCAUUCCAGGAAAGAGGAGUUUGUCACGGUGUAUCCGGCUGAUGUGGUCCUGUUUGAGGGCAUCCUCAUGUUUUACUCACAGGACAUCAGAGACCUGUUCCAGAUGAAGUUGUUUGUUGACACAGAUCCAGACACACGGCUCUCACGCCGAGUUCUAAGAGACAUCAGUGAGCGCGGUAGAGAGCUGGAACAGGUGCUGGCUCAGUACAUCACUUUUGUGAAACCGGCCUUUGAGGAGUUCUGUCUACCAACAAAGAAGUAUGCAGAUGUGAUCAUUCCACGAGGAGCAGAUAACCUUGUGGCCAUCAACUUGAUAGUACAGCACAUCCAAGACAUUCUGAACGGCGGACUAAGCAAGCGUCACAACGGCUGCAUGAACGGCCACAGCACUCCACGGCAGCGGCGGACCUCCGAGUCCAGCAGCCGGCCUCAUUGACCUCAUCACACCUCUCUUCACAGGGCGGAGAGGGGUGUGGGGGUUGCGCUGUAAAUAAUGCCUGUUGGCAUCCCUGUAUUUAAGAGAGAAAAGAGAUGCAAAAAGAAUUGAAAUGCCUUUUAUUAUUAUUAUUAUUAUUAUGACUACUCUUGUUAUUAGUUGUCAUUGUAAUUGUUGAACUUGGGAUUUAGAUUUUUUUUGUCAGGAGAGUAAAAGAGAAGCUCUUGUUGUUCUUGUGAUGAGACCAUGGGUUAAAAUUGACCCCAUGCAUUUUUCCUCCCAGAUUGCAAUUUGUUUUUCAUGUAUCCCCUGCUGCUCCAUGGAAAUUCAUGCCGCUAAUGAAUAAAAGAGGGGAAUCCUUUAACUUUUUUUUUUCCUAAUGUCUGAUAAAACUUGAACCCCCUCAUGGCCGGGGGAGUCUGAUAAAUGUUUGGGUGGGUUCCAAACGAGAAGGAUGUGGAUUAGACGAUGAGUUAAAGAAACCAGGAUUGCACUCUGUAUUUGUACUGACAAUCUUGGAAGUGUCCCCCCAGUGUUUAAAGUUCCCUCACUGUAUUGUGUGGUGUAGUGUGUGACACUAGAGGUCUGGUUACUACACAAAGUGUCCACCACAUUGAUUCUGUAUCACGUCUGCAGCAGUAGUAACACACUACAGGAUUUUUCAGUACUGAUUGCCACAUACAGAAUAAUGUGACUACCAGACCAAUGAAGCCAAAGGCUGCAAGGUUCAACUGACUACUGUAUUAACUCAGUCUGGUGUUGUGGGUAUUGUUACAUUUUUGAGGUGCAUGUACCUUCUAUGGCCUUUGGCCUACUUAUGUAUGACUGUAUCAAGCUCAUUCAUGUAAGUACUCCUGUUAGAGAAAACGAAUGAACCAGUCAUAAGGAGGAUAGUCACAUUUGGAUAUAUAGCUUAAUUCCCCAGUUUAGAUGGUUUUGCUUGCAUUCACAUGACAUAGUCAGCCCUGUUAAACAAGAUGAAGAUAUGACAUGUAUACUCAGGUUGAUGAUACCAUUUUGAUUUGAAAUGCCAGGAAAAGGGAGUUCAAUGCCACAGCAAUAUCCAUUUUCCCAGGUGUGUGGCUAUUAACCACCAGGACCCACCACAAUGCCUCUGCAAAGUUGCCUCAGGUUAACAUGUACAGUAAGUAUCCACACUCGAAACCAGUUUCCAUUCUGACUUGAGGUUUACAAUAAAAACAAUUGAAUCAGUUUUGUAUUCCAUGUGCUGUAUUUGUCGUGUAUAGUGCAACUGAAUGAAUGGUUUAUACCAUGAGAUUUGUACCGUAUGGCUGUUGAAUUGGGUUAUUGGAUGAUUUCUAACUGAAUGAUGUCAAUUGCUUAAUGGUCAAUAAACUGAUGAAGCCGA